GCAAGGGCGACAACCUCAUGAAGGCAAUGCAUGCCAACGACGAAGCCGCUGGCAAGUUCUGGAAUCCGCUCCUUUCCUCUGCAGAGAGCCAGUGGGACGACUUUAGCAAGUACCUACCUCCCUGUCGAUUUCCGUGAUGUUUAACGAUGACAGGUGACCUUGCUGGCUGGAACUGGCAAAAUGUGACAGAUCCCGAGGACACAAGGGUGAGUUUCCUCCUCAAAGAUGAUCGUGGAUGUCCUGGUUACGGCCUCGGCGCUGCCCUCAACGACCUCGGUCUACCAACCAAGUCAAGCGAUGACCCCAACAAUGGCAUCCAAGUUAUCUACGUUUCCCAUGGAGAUUUUUCGCUCCUACCAACCGACCCUGGGUACGUAUCGGUAAAUGGCCAAACGUACAAUGUUGGCGCGACGACCUACCACAUCACUGGAGGUUACUACAAGUUCGGCAUCGAAACCUCGACUGGCGCCAUCUUCGGACUCGAUCUUCUGGCGCCUGUAAAAGCAGCUACAGAACGUAAGCCGCCAGUCCCCAAAGAAGGACUACCUGCUUUGCAACGAUUCUCGGACGUAGCCUGGCUGUUCUGGGCAAAGCAGACUGCUCGCAAGAACAAUGUCAGAUACAUGUUCACUAUCGCCAUCGUCAACGAGGAGACACAGAAGGCAAUCCGCCGGGCUCUCAAGAGCACCAAUGCUACGUAUGGCCCAUGGCCUGGUGCGACUUUCAGCACUGAUUCCGACGAGGGCAAAGUUCUCCUGGGCUCCCCAAACGGACGCGCUUACGGAUAUUUUCUUUCGCAGCAUAAGCGAGAGCUUGGAGGGAACAUGUACAUCUCCAAGAUCCAGGUCUUCCAUGGCGAGACCAAGCCGCUCAUUCCAAAUAUGGUCCUUCAUGUCGAGCAACCGAAGCCGACCGCGAAGAAGCGGGGGUCGCGAAAGAGGAAGGCGAAGUUAUGAGAGUAGCGUGGAGGUCUUCGUGGGUUUGGAAUCAGCAUUUAGAUCGCGUGAAGGGGGAAAAUAAUAGUCAUGUUAUACGAAUUGAUGGGUGCUAAAGGUGCGAUUGUAAAUGAGAUGAAGAGUGAAAGGACGCAACGCGUC